AUGUUGAUGAACGCACCAUCAUAUUCCAAAGAGGUAAUCGGCAUAAUAACGCUGGAGGACGUCAUCGAGGUAUUGCUCCAGGAAGAGAUUUUGGACGAGAUAGACGGCUAUAUGGAAGUUCACAACAGGAUAAAGAUACACAUACUGCCGUCUCAAAGAUCGCCUGGAACUCCCUCAGCAUCUCAGUUUGUCCGGCCGUACUCUCAGGGGCCGUCCUCGCUUUCGCCGCAUAGUGUCCUGAAUUCGUCGAUUCCGUUCACUCUCCGGUGA